GUCUGCGGAUCAAGGAGACCAAGGAGGUGUACGAGGGGGAGGUGACGGAGCUGACCCCCUGCGAGACGGAGAACCCGAUGGGGGGCUACGGGAAGACCAUCAGCCAUGUGGUCAUCGGCCUGAAGACGGGCAAGGGCACCAAGCAGCUGAAGCUGGACCCCAGUAUCUACGAGAGCCUGCAGAAGGAGAGAGUGGAGGUGGGGGACGUCAUCUACAUCGAGGCCAACAGCGGCGCAGUCAAGAGACAAGGUCGCUGCGACACCUUCGCCACGGAGUUCGACCUGGAGGCGGAGGAGUACGUGCCGCUGCCCAAGGGGGACGUCCACAAGAAGAAGGAGAUCAUCCAGGACGUGACCCUGCAGGACCUGGACGUGGCCAACGCUCGCCCCCAGGGGGGCCAGGACAUCCUCUCCAUGAUGGGCCAGCUGAUGAAGCCCAAGAAGACGGAGAUCACAGACAAGCUGCGGACGGAGAUCAACAAGGUGGUGAACCGCUACAUCGACCAGGGCGUGGCCGAGCUGGUCCCCGGCGUGCUGUUCAUCGACGAGGUCCACAUGCUGGACAUUGAGUGCUUCACCUACCUCCACCGCGCCCUGGAGAGCGCCAUCGCCCCCAUCGUGGUGUUCGCCUCCAACCGGGGCAACUGCCUCAUCAGAGGGACGGAUGACAUCAGCUCGCCUCACGGCAUUCCGCUGGACCUGCUGGACCGGGUCAUGAUCAUCCGCACGCUGAUGUACACGCCCCAGGAGAUGAAGCAGAUCAUCAAGAUCCGGGCCCAGACGGAGGGCAUCACCGUGAGCGAGGAGGCGCUGGCCCACCUGGGCGAGGUGGGCACCAAGACCACGCUGCGCUACGCCGUGCAGCUGCUGACGCCGGCCCACCUGCUGGGCCGCGUGCAGGGCAAGGAGGGCGUGGAGCGCGAGCAGGUAGAGGAGAUCAACGAGCUCUUCUACGACGCCAAGUCCUCCGCCAAGAUCCUGCAGGACCAGCACCUCAAGUUCAUGAAGUGAAGGCCGCCGUGAAGUCGGCCCGUCUCUGUCGGGGGGCGACCCGUUCUGUGGGUCCCUGUCCCCGGUCCGGGGGUUCUAUGUCCGGGUCCUGUGGUUCUCUGUCCGGGUUCUGUUCAGCGGAACGUUAUGUUUCAGGCAAAUACGUUUUAUUCAUUUUUGUAAUUAAAAUAUUUUUUCUAUUCCUAUCAA